UUAACCUGCUAAUUCAGCAUAAUUUGAUGACCUCAUGAUAGUUUAAUGACUAAAAUGACAUUAUGACCCAUGUUAACAUCCAAGUUAUUGUUUAUAGGCACAUUAUAAAUAUUGGGCAUUGACCACUUAACAUAAUGGACAAAUGUGUAGUUUGUGGGGAGAAGACUGAGGGUAAGCCCCUCUAUAAGAAGCUGGGAUCUGAGGACAUUCAGGUUGAUGUUCUCUCAGCUCUGCAAGAACUAGAGUUGGUUCAUGAUCUCUCCAAUGCUCGUGAUCGCUACAUCUGCUGGGACUGUGAUGACACUCUUGCUAAUGAAUACAAAAGGUUUGAGAAUGCAAAAGCAAGUACCACAAAGGCAGUGUUGAAGCAGCACGAGCAAUACGAGGCAAGCAAACGCAAGCUCUCCAAGAAGCUCAAGGCUGCUUUCAAAGCUGUCAAGACUCCACAGCAGGUGCUAGAGGACCAGCGCAAAGAUGAACAGCGCUACUUUGCCAGCCACUGCCUGCUGUGUGCUGGGGAGUUUGAUUCCCCAAGAGGAUUUGUGCGCUUCAACCUCCUGAGGAACGUUGAUGAAAACUGCACAGUCGCCCAAAUGUUGACUAUGUUGGAGCUACAUUCAGCUGUAGCUCCCGAGCUGCAGAGCAAGCGCUACAUUUGCUGCGGCUGCUACAACUCAACGCGCCGCAAGUAUCGCGGCUACCAAAAGGACGUUGGUUCGGGGGGCGCCACGCAUACGACCAACGGCACCGCCACGGGUGCCCUGAAGGAGGCCAGCCAUGUGGCCAUGCCCAUGGAUGCCAGCAAGGUCCCCACUCCUGAGGAACACGCCGCUGAAAUAGCUAAACUCCUCCCGCCCAGUCUGGCUGACACGUACAAAAUAAUUGGCCACAAUCGUCCGCUGUCUCCACAUGUGGAUGACACUAAUGCAAAGAAACAGAAGCUCGAAUCUUAUCGUUCGCUUGGACUAAGUCUGACAUCCGACAGCUCUGAUGACAGCAGUGACGACGAAAAAGAAAACUCAAAUGAUGCCAGCUCAAGUAAAGGGAAAGUUCGUGAGUUGACUCCUAAGAACGGUUCAGUGGUGGCCAAGCAGAGCCUGUCGACGAUGGAUAUGACCGCUGGUGGCAAGAGUGCUGGGCAUACAAAUUCGUUCUAUCAAAGCGUUCAAAAUACAUUGAAAAAUAACAAAUCAACCCAAAAAUUAGUUCAUAAGUCACCUGUAAAGUCUGUCAGCAUUAGCGAUGCAUAUGCUAAAACUUUGAAGCACAUUGAACGUCAGAAGAAAAAUGUGACUCCUGACCACAUAACAUGUGACCUUACUAUGCCUAGCAGAGGAAUAAGGACGUUCGUACCAAGUGAAUUGAAUAAAACCGUUGAUAGUCCCAUUAUUGAUGAUAAAGGUGGUAAAUCAAUUUCCAGUACUGAUAGUGGAAGCUCCAGUGACUCCAGCAGUGAUUCCUCAUCUUCCUCUAGUAUGACUGACUCGUCAAACAGCGAUGCCGAAGACGGCCAAUCUGAAUCCGAGAUGACCAUUGGCAAGAGAAAUGCUAUUCAAGAUUCUAAAGAAAAGAAGAAUCGUUCGCGCAAGCAGGCUUUGCCAACGUCAGCUACUUCAAAUGCGUUGCCUGUGGAGCAAAACAACGUAACUGCUGUGGAGAGCGGCUGGUGCAACGUCUGUGGUUUACAGUACCACGACAAGAGCCGUGACUGGUGGCAGACUCUUGACUGUUGCGUCCCUGGCCUGCCACACGUCACCUUCAGAGUCGCUCUUCACACCCUGAACACGAGGCUGGCGGUGAUGAUGGCGUCUCAGAGGCGAGGUUUGCUGGUGUGUCGCCCCUGCAGUCACCGCGUCACCGCAGGUUUCCAAAGUCAAAUCCUGAAGAAAGUGGCGGCCUCUCGAGGCGUGUCAGUGACGGACAUCGACGUGUCUAAGUUCAAAGUGCGCGUCAUUGACGACGACGACUCGCAAAGCUCCAAGAAAUCCUCUUCCAGCAAAGAGACCAACGCCACACAUUCUUCUAGCUCUUCCAGGAGCCGCCGUGACUUUGAGAAGACCAAACGUCCUGAAAGAAGACGUGAAGGCUCAGGGAAGAGUGCUGUCAGUCAUCACAGCGCCGAGCCCAGCUUCAGCAGCCGUAGCAAGCAGCAGCCUGCCUCUUGUGCGGCGAUUGGUAAUGGCCACCAUAGCCCCAAGCUAGGAGGGCCCUGUCCAAGGGAAACUCCUAAACCUCAAAGAUUUAAGAGUAAGUACGAAGAUGGAAGCCAUUCAAGCAAUAGAGAAACUGGAGUGAAGCGAGCGACUGCUUGCUCUAGAAAUUCAGGCUCCUUGCUACCUGCCAAGCACAAGUCGCGACCGAGUAAGACACGUCGCGUCAGUGACGCUGAGAGCGAUGAAGAUUACAUGCCUUCUCAUUGCAAAAAGAUAGAAAAAGUCAUCCAAACUCUGCGGAAAAUUCAAAAACCCAAGACCAAGUUGCCUAGUGACGGAAGUGACCAGAGUGAUGUGCACGCGAGCCGACCUGAUUCUUAUUACCGAGUGAAGAACAAUGUCAACAAACUUCUGCAGGUUCUGGUCCAGGACCUGCAGGCAGAGCUGCCGGCCGCGUGCUUACGAGGUGACCGCGUGUCUGCCAAGUGCAUCUCAGCGCUGGCGUCCGACUGCUGCUGCCUCUGCAGCUUACCUGCACGUGACCGCUCAGCUCUAACUUCCAGUCACGACAAAUAUUCCAUUGGAUCAGGUGUUCGCGUGACUGAAGUGUCUUCUACCUGUGCUGGUUCAUCUGGAGUCCUGAGCUCAGCUACAACCAAGGAGAAUUCCAAUCUUAAAUUGACGAAGGAAUCACCUGAAACGACUGGAACUAAGACGUGCGACAUGCAAGUAAUAUCGGGAUCAGAUCUAACAGAAAACCAAAAAGCCCAAAAUAAUGCUGAUACAAAAUUAAUCUGCGUGUCAGAUCAGAAGUCUACGAGAUGUGACACCAUAAAUGCGGAAUCAAGUUGCCCUAUUUCUGAUCGAGACUUGACAUCGGAGAUGAGAGAUGGACCCGCUCUCUCACUGACCGUGUCUUCAAUUUCCGAUGGUCCGACUUCUGAGAAUAAACCAACUUCUAUUGAUGGUGAUUCGAGGUCUCCGAUUACCAAUAGCUCUGCUCUAAAUUGUUUGAGUGUCUCACAGACCGGACAAGAAUCCAAAUCUUUUAAGCCAGAAAUUAAUGGCGUGUGCCAGAAUUUUAGUGAUGUGAAGUCAUCAUUGCCCAGCGCUUCGAAUGAAUCUUUCUCGACAGCCGCUGCUUCUUCAUCGUCUACAUCAGUGGACUCAUCGCCACCAGCGCCGACGAGUUCCUUGGUCUCGUGUGCGACCGACUUGCUGUCUUCAAACAACGGCUCAGAUCCUUCCAUGGCACGAACCUCAGACUUGCCGGCUGCAGGUAGGACGGAGACCUCAGACACCGCUGCAUUAGGGUCUUCGCAUCUAUCAUCUGCGAACGCAAAAAAUUCAUCUGACAUAGAAGCUAUGCAUGCACAAUCAACAGAAAAAUCAUGUUCAGGGACAAUUGAUCUUCCAUUAAGAGUUCCAAAUGAUAUGGAUCCUCGGGUAGAUAUUGCUGCUAAAUCGCCGGAAUUUGAUAGUGACCAGCAAAUUAACCGUGAAAUUUCUGCGAGAACGUCAAUUUCUGAAAAUCAUGUCAAGGAACCAAUUGGUACUGAAGCAGCCGUAAGUUACUUGGACGAGAAUAAUUAUGUGGUCGGUACAACGGAUUCGUCGGAUAGUUGCAAAAUGAAUAAUGACACAAAUUUUGAAACGAAUAGCUGUAAACUCGCGCCUGUCGAGUUAGCUGAUACUUCAAAAGAAGCUUUCAAUUCCAAAUACAUCUCUGGUGUUGAUCUAGAAGAACCUGGAAGACCAAAAGUUGAUGCAAUUGUUGACGUGGCUUUGGGAGGUGCUUCUCCCAACUCCAGCGAUUCUGCUUUGACGCAGAAAGAUGUACCUGAUGUUGAAUCUCAAUCUACUAAUUCUAUAAUACCUGAAUCUAAGAUAAAUUGCAUGUCUUCGGAUUCCAGCCAUAAAGAUUUGGACCAUUCUCUUUCUAAAACAAAAUAUUUACACGAGCAGCUUCAAGCUGAAAAAGAAUCUCCUUCUGUUGUUGCCCCAAAUGUCAUAAUAGCAACUUCAGGCUCUGAAAAGCCACCCACUACAACGGAGCUUCUGGUGCCCCUCAUCAGCACUUCAACUUCAUGUGAAUCUUCAACUGUUGUGCCAAAAUCCAGCGCACCGACUACUACCGAACCAAUUUUGACGUCUUUGCUUGAUGUCUCCUCAUCUAUUGCUGGUGAAUUGAAUUCCAACGGAGAUGUUGAAACUAAGUCGCCUGCUAGUCCUGCUUCAACCCAACUUCCUUCCGUUGUUAAAUGUCCGUCCAACACUAACAUGACGUCUUCCUCCACACCUAAUGUUGAAGUUGAAACUCAGUCCCCUGAUCCACCGACUGCCAACUCGAACCUCGUGGCUUCUAUCGGCGGCCAGAAAGUCUCAUCAACGGCACAGUCUUCGUUGGUCGUCGCCACCCCUGAGCCGGACCUGACUGACUCGUGUCUUCUAUCGCCACCCAACCUCAUGGUUUCCUACAAGUGGGCUCGCAUUUCAUUGGGACUUCCUGCCUCUGUUAACUCCGGGUUAAUAUGCACUCAAUGUCGCAAGAAGCUCUUGGUUAAGUUCCGUGAGUUUAUUCAGCUUAAAGUUGCUGAGUCAACUGCAUUGCCUUGUAAUGAGAUAGACUUGAAGGGGUAUGUGAUAUCAUUUAAUGUAGAAACAAUGAGCAUUGUGGCCGACCCCAUAGAAGAAGAAAUGGAAGGGGUCGAUAGCGUCAACGAAUCCAAAUCAAACGGUCUCUCUCAACCGCUCGAUGCUCCGUCAGUUGUAAAAGAUGCGCCGUCAGUUGAAAAAGAUGCUGCCGCGCCAUCUGUAACUUCUAAUGUAAUUCAAAGGAGUAGAAAUACGAGCUGUACGAGAUCGAUGCCUAAAUCUCGACAAGUGAAGCGAGAUGAAAGUAAAACUACAUCUGGAGCACAAGAUUCGAGCGCCAAUUGUCACCAGGACGAUGCGACCAGCAGUCGAGAAACAACGACCUACGAUGUGAACUUUUCCAAUUCCAGGAAAAGAAAGCCUACUAAACUAAUGCCAAACACAACCGAGUCAGCGCACCAGUUCAAGAAAUCUGCAAAUGUGAAGAGUAGCGAUAACCUUGGCAGUGGAGCUCCAACAGAGAAAACUGAUUGUGAGAAACAACAAUUGUCUGAUAAUACAGAAUCUGCUGUGGUAGAAGCAAAUGUUAAAAAUCCUUCUAUAAACCAAACGACCAAGAGGAAAAUAUCUGAUGAUGAUGAUGAUUCUACUUGGCUGUCUCUCAAACGAUACAAAUUCAGUGAAGAAGAGUUUGUGUAUAUUCCCAACGAUUCCAUGGAGGUUAUAUCUGAGGCUAUGGUUGCUCUGCAUCAUCUGUGGCAAAACGUGUCUCUAGACCAACUAUUGUCGCUGGAGCUUCGACCUGCUACAUUAGACAGCGAUGAUCCCGACACCAGCAGUGCUGCACCGGCACCUUGCUUAGGCGUCGACCAAGUCACAUGCGGCUUACUGCUCAUGUUGGACGAGUAUAGACGCCAUUUAUUUGAGGAGUUUGACGUGUUGUGUAUUUGGCUUGAAAAGUUAUCAGGCCGUGAAGUUGAUCAGGUUCAGAUCAAAUCGCUUUUCAGACGCCUGACUGCAAAGUCUGUUAUGGCAGAUCUUAUAUUGAAACCCUUGCCACCUGAGGUGUGGAAGCGUCGUGAAACUGAAUCUCCUGCCGAGACUCCAAUUGAAAUCUCGAAACAUGAUGUUGAUUCUGCACUUGUGAAAGAUUCAAUAAGCGAAAUUAAUUUCUCGGACCAACGAGACGCUCACAAUAACAAAGACGCUCAUUUUUGGUUCAAAGAAAAGUUAUUACGCUCGUCUUUGAUGGACCUGAACCAGCAUAUGAAAACAAGCAACCUGAAUCUGGAGCAAAUUGAUUUCGAGCAGCCUUUCUCAUGGACCACUUACCUUGAGCCCGUGGAUGUUGACCUUCUAAUUUCAGGUCGUCUUCAUCCUCCUGUUCGAGAAGAUCAGUUCAACAACGGCCUCCUGCACGCCCUGUGGAGAGUGAGUCUUAUUGUGGGCUUCACUGAACGAACUGUGGGAGCUUGGCUUGCCAAACUCAGCCCAGUUCCCCUCACCGCAGCCGUAAUAGAGAAAUUGCUCACGGUUGCCAAGCCUAUGUACAGUCACAUUCUGACUGUUCCUAAACAUCUUAAUCAGCUUUCAGUUCCGAUUCUCUAUCACGGCGCUGAUGACGAUGAUAAUUCGUUAGACGAUGUUCAUGAGAAGAAACAAAAAUCUGAAGAGAAACGUGAUGGCUUGGCGAGUCCGCCUUCUCAGCAGCCUUGCACUGACUUGAAUGAUUCUCAGGUUGAAAGCUUAAAAAAUAACAAAAACGCCAAUAACAGCUUACUUUUGGAUGGAAAGAGUGGGCAGAACCAGACUUCUGAGCCAUCGUUUGCUAAUGGGAAUGAAAGUAAAGAUGUAAGCAUCUGCCCAAAUAUUGACAAAGAUACGGAUUCGCCUUCUAAGCGCACUUCCGACGAGUUAGCAGGUGCCAGCCAAAUAUCAGAUGUUGUGCUUCGACGACCGAUACGUGAUGCGCGAGAUUUAAGUACCAUUGACUUGACAUCGCUACCUCAGAAAAGUUCUCCUGUCACAACUCGUAGGAAAUUCGUAGGUCCUGCUAGUAAGAGGCCGCGAGCUUCCAGCCCAUCUGAUGUGGAGAGGGUGGAGAAAGUUUUAAGAAUGGAUAAUGUAAACAAGGAUAAUAACGCUUGCGUUCAACUGAAAAGACUUGCUCUCAACAAGUCGCUUUCUAUCACGGCACAUCUGUGUGAAGAGUCAGUAGAUAUAGAAUCUACUUCCGUUCAGAAUAAGUCAGAAGAAUCAAAAUUGCAUGUAAAUGAUCCGAAUGAAGAUAAACCGAUGCCUGUUGAAGAUUCAAAUGAAAAAGAAAAACCGAUGCCUGUUGAAGAUACAAAUAAAGAAUUACCGAUGCAUAUUAUUGAUGCUAAUGAAGAAUCGCCGAUGCCUCUUAAAGAUGGAAAUGAAGAAGUUCCGAAGUCUGUUAGUGAUACGAAAGAAAAAUUACCGAAGUCUGUUAGUGAUAAAAAAGAAGAAUUACCGAGCAGAUCUAGUGUCAAAGCCAUCAAUGAACGCUUGGAAAGAAACCCAUGUUUAGGUACCAAGAUUUUACCUGCGACCACUGCUAAAGAUUCAGCCACUGUCAUUGAAGGUCUUAUCUCAUCGAAAUCAGUCUCUAUGACUUUAGUUUCAUCGAGUCACCAAUGUGCUUUAAGUGAUAAUCCCUCGGCUCUUAUUACUACAUCUUGUGAGGAAUUGUGUAAAAAAGAACCUGAAACGGCAUCUAGGUCUCCUUGCAAACUCUCUGAUGUGAAUAAUACAAAUAGUGAAAAGACUUUUGCAGGACUCGUAUCUCUGUCUACUUGUUCUUCUGUAACAAAAUUUAAUAAAGAUUCGACGGAAGGUUCAUCCCUUCGUCCAAGAUUACAGCAUAUCUCAACAAAACCUGUAAUCAAGGUGGGGUCGUCGAGUUUAUUUCCGCAGCAUUCAUUUUGCGGUGAAGUUAAUGAUCCAAUUCUAGAUCAAUUCGAUGAAAAUUCGACUAGUCUAUGCUACGAAUCAGCUAAGUCUGUUGCAUAUCCCCGGGAGGCGAGUUUUGAUGAGUGGAGCAAAGUGGAUAACAAAAUAUUCAGGUCUUUCGUAAAUGUGACAAGACCUGCUUCCACGGAACCCUUGCCCUCAUUUCCUGAACAUCCUCCACCUUCGAUUGGGUUGAAAUUUAAACUUGGUAUGUCACCUACCCGCACUCCUGGAAGGCCUUCGAUGUGUGCGUUGGAAAGAUCUCCGCGAUUAUUGCGGUCAAGCUCUUGUGAUCUUAAUCAAAAGAUUCCUUCUUCUCUUUCCCAAGUGCAAAUCAAUCAGAACAGCAGUGAUCGCCUUCUGAGAUGCAAUGUAAGCUCUCAAUCCGCAGUAACUGAGUGUCGCAAAUUGAUGCACUCUGUUGACACAGCAAAACUAUCAUUGAGCACAAACAGCAGAUCUUCUUUUCGAAGCAAGUCUGAAGGAAGUAGAAGUUCUCCUCGUUGGGCUAAUAACACUGCUGAGUCUGUUGUCUCAGGCACUACAAAAACUUCUCCUGCAAGGGCAAGUUCUGGCGUUGCAAAGAAGCGAUCGUUGCGGGAGGCCCCGAAAAGUUGUCCCUCUGCGAUGUAUCGUGGUGCUAAACCUGCUCCACAGCCUCAUCCCGACCCUACGAUGGACAAUUUAAGAAAUACACCAAAGAAACCUGAAGAAAAUCCAUCGUCCUCAAAUCGUGUGUCAGCUUCUGCAAUGGACCGAGAUCAUUGUUACUCACGUUGCAAAUCACCGAGACCAUUUUUACACACUUUAAGCAUUGUUUCACACGGUGCAAGUAUUCGGCACGAUCCUCAAGAUCGAAUUGUUGUCUCAAUUAUGAAAUCGAAUUCGAAAAUUCCACUUGGAAAGAAAACUGAUGGCGUCAACCAAUCUGCGGCAGUGGCUUGUGCUCCAAGCAACAGCUCUACCAACAAUCAGCCAGUAGGCCUCUCUGGCUCAGUUCAAUUGAAUGAAACGGCAAUAUCUGUCAAGGCUCAUAACGUUCCUCCUGCUUCUUCUAUCGAUCCCAAGAGUUCCACUGGUCCCUCGAUUUCAAGUGGCAAGGAAAGCCGACACUCACAAGUAGUGGUUCAUAACGGGAAGACGUACCGAGCUUACGUCGUGCCAUCACCAGGCAACUUGGCUGCUGUCUCCGCGAGUCUCCAAAGCUCACGCUCUGAUGUUUCAUCUGCUAAACCUGGGCUGAACAAUAUCAUAAUGACAAAUGUGAUUGGAACAAAUCCAUUGAACUGCAGCUUUCCAUCGCGUGGAAUCCCUAGUACAACCGUCGUGACAUCCAUGCGUGCAAAUACGAAGCCAUCGACCAUUUUGCCAUCCAACACUCCAUGUCCAGCAUUAAUUCCCAACGAGUUGUUGCUAUCCCAAAACCCUAACUUUUUACGCAACAAUACAUUAAGUUCUGUUACUCCUUCAUCGUCGCGUUCAAUUCCAAAUGUCCAAGUACCCGGAAAUGUUCCUAUGCCUAGCAUUCAAAUGCCUCAUCUGUUUACUGCUCAGGGGAUGCCUUUUAACCUUACUCAAAGCAGCUCAGGCAGAAACGAUUUACCUUCAAUUCACGGGAUGCCUCACGAGUCAGUUAUGCAACAGAUGAUCUCUUAUGGCCAUAAUUAUGCACAGCCAGCUCAAUUGCUGGUUUCCACACAACCACUUUACAACGGCCGUGAGUUCUCCGGCCCUCCUCAGACUCCUUCUCAACUCUUAAAUAUGUCACAAGCUUUCAGACCAUCUAACCCAACCGGUUAUCUCUCGAUGCAUCCCAACACCAGUACCAACGCGGUUCGUAUUCUCCAAUCGGAGAAUAACAUUGAAAAACACACCAUAAUCCACGAUAGUUCGAUUUUGGCGUCGUCUUCUCUGUCUAUUCAGCAGGUUCCUCAUACAUCUGACAAUGACAAAGUUUCUGUUCUAGAAGAACAGUUGAAAGAAAUUCAGGCACAGAACAAACUUCUCCUUAAAAUUAACGAGAAAUUGUUGUCAAAAAGCUUCGGGAAGAAGAAAAAGAAGAAGAAACAUAAAGAAGAAUCUUCUGACGAUUCGGACUCUGACGACAGUGAAUCAUCGGAAUCGAGUGGCUCCUCUGAAGGCGCUAAGAGUGCCAAGAAGAAGCGUUGCAAACUUAAAGCUGAGAAUGAAGUAAACGCUCGGAAGAUUUCAGCACCGACAAAUCGGCGUGGCAGAGCUAGACGGGGUCGCGCACUGCGACGGAAGAAAUAGUUAUGAGAUUGAUCUGUAAAUAAUUUAAAAAUAAUUAAUUAAUUUGUCUGGAGUCGAGAUAUUAAUCUUUCAUUAACUGGUUGGAAACUGUAUAGAAGAAAAAAGAUACAUCGCCAUUAUCCUUCAAAUAUGUUACCUAUGCACUGUGUAAGGUUUAUUGUUUCGUUUGUUUAUUUAGUGUUUUCCAACCGAAAAGAUUAGUUCACUUCCAUGGAAUACUUAAUCAGUAUUCAAGCGUAAAUAUGUAGUGCUUCUAGCAAGGAGCGCCGGUCUUAUCCUUUACUUGAACUUCUCUCAAAUAAUUUGUAUAACAAUUGAGGUUGGCUUCUGGUUGAGGCUUGAUAAUUCCAUGUUGAUGUAUUAUAAAAGUAUGUUCAUUAUUAUUGAACCUUCUAGGUUAGAAGUCAAAAUUGUCUCCUCACACUCAGGUCAUCAUCAAAAAAAUGUUUCGCAAUUUUUAGGCUUCAAUGUAAUCGUUUGACUUCAUUUCUUGAAAAUUAAUUUCAUCUCGGCACUCGUUUAUUGUUAUGAUGUAUGCUCGAAAAUCAGAUAAAAAUGUAUGAUUUGAUCAAUGAUAAGUCAAAACUACAAUGAAAUCCAUUUAAUGUACUGUACAAUUCCUCAUAUUUUUAUACCGGCGAUUGAAUUAAUUUUACCGUCAGUAGGAUACAUUACUCAGGACUGCUUGAUAAUUUGCGUUUCAAUAAUACUAGGACGAGAAACAAAUAUUUGGCUCAAUCAAUUUUUAUUUCAGUAUUUUAGUUUUUUAAUUAAAGUGCCAAACGUCGCUCGCGCUCUAAUUUACGACUUGGAUGCAUGUUGGUCAGAACACGCUCAUUAGGUCAAUUUAAUUUUGCUAAUUAUUUCUUUUGUGUUUUUUACAUUUUGAAAUUUUAAAACGAUCAGUACACUUGAUAAGAUUUCCAUAGGCUGCCUUGAAAUUUUUGACAUCAACAAUAGGAAUUUGGAAUGUUAAUUGCUGUUUUCUUUGCUAUUCAGUAACAAAAAGUAACGUUUUUAUGUUCUCUUCUUAUUUAACUAUGCAAAAAUCCAAUUCAGUAGUAAAUUGCUUCCAUUCAUGCGUUUCUUCCUGCUUCAAUGAAAAUUAGUGAAUAAAUGGCAGUGAGGCGUUCACUGUGUUGAUCUGAUUUCCACUUACUAUUAAGUACGGCUCCCUAGAAUUGUUUUCGUGCACACAUCUAGCGUGCAACAGGAAUUUAAGCAAAAUUUCUUUAUGUUUUAGAUUUACCAGUAUUUUUAAAGGCAGCGCGAAUAUGAUUUACUGCUUGUAAUCAGCAGCAUUUCUUGCUUUGACAUGACUUUACAAAAGUU